GAGGGAGAAAAUGAUCGGGUACAAGUUUUUAGAAAAGAAUUUCACACAUAUAUAUACUCUUAGAUUAUAUUAGGGUAAAAUUUCUAUCUCAUUUAAAAAAAGAUCAACGGCUUAGAUUCAAAAAAAGAAAAGAAAAAAUGUACAACUACAACAACUAUCCCGCUAAAACAACAGUAUAUAUAUAAGCAACCAAUUCUAACAGCUUUUCCCUCCUAAAUACUCAAGCUCUUCAAAAUCUCCCUCUCUCACAAUCACACAGAAUCCAUGGCUCGUAGAUUAUUAAAUACAUGUUGCUUGGUUCUGGUACUGGUUGCUCUGUCAACUGUGGCAUUCGCAAUUGUUUGGACUCAAAGAAAUGCGCCUUUGAAGAAGAUCGCGAUGAUGAAUUGAUGAUGAUGAUGAAUACAAGGAAGGUGAUUACAUUCCUCUCUUCGCCAACAAAGCUUGUCCUUAUCAAGGAGAUCCAUGUGAGCCAUAUUCAUAUUUUGAUUUGCCAUUCUGCCCUCCUGGAGAUCCAAUACCCAACAGAAAGAAAUCCUUUCAAGAACUUUUAGAAGGGGAUUGCUAUGUCAACACUCGGUAUGAAUUGAGGUUCAAGAUGGGAACAAGAAGGAAGCUCCUUUGUGAGAAAAAUCUGACCAGAGAAGAAGUUGAGAAAUUUAGGGACGCCAUUGCAAAUGAAACUAUGUACGAGAUGUACUAUGAUAACAUUCGCUUGGAAGAGCAAGAUGGAGUUAAUGCUUCGGAUCUAGAGUUUCCCCCAAUCCAGUACCAAGUUGGACUUUAUCUUAUCAAUCACCUGGACUUUCAUUUCCUUUACUUAGGAAACAAAGUGAAAGCUAUAUAUGUUAUGGGUCACUACGAUUUUUCUGGGGAAAUAUCUAAGGACGCUGAAAUCAAAGUAGUCGACUUCACGUAUUCUGUCUUCUGGGAAGAUUUUGAAUCCAAGCAAGAGAAUCAAGACAAGGUCAGUGACUUGUCGAAGCACGUUGGAGGAGAUGAUCAUGUGCCUUAUGCUACUACAGCUUUCGUCAUUUGCAUCUGGCUUGGGUUGCUUUGUGCUGCGAUUGUGGCAUACACGUACCUUAGAAAGUAUUUUACUCGGAUUUCUUUUGGAGAAGCCACAGGGGUUGGUCCUGGUGAUGCGUGCAGAUGUCCUCGGUACUCGUCCCUUCUUGGGGCCAUUCUGGGUGGGUGUUGGAACUCAGCAGUUCAUCAUGUAAGCCAUAUCUGCCAUAUGCUUGUAAAUUCUGAAUUCAUUUUUUGGAUACAAAGAUGAA